AUGGCAGAUUCAUCUUCAGCCACAGCUGCAAACACAUUGAAGCGAAAACAGACGCAUGAAGGCCAUCCCUCAACUGCUGCCUCUGCCACGACCCCGUCCUCGAACGCGUCUCCUCUAGACCCUGCCCUCGCGACCGCAAACGUCCCCGAGCUCGAUACACCCGAUGACAAGGCAUCGGAGUUACCUAGGAGCAAGAAGACAAAGUCAGGGCCGAGAAAGAAAUCGGCAGGAGCGGAAGAUUGUCCUAAGGCGCCAAAAAAGCGAACUCCAUCCGGCCCGUGGCCAGACGAGUUGAAACGACUGGCGCAUAUUCACCGAGCUCUGAACCUCGUGUAUACCUUUUGUUGCACGCGAAAACACUUUGCAACGACCUUUGACAACAUCAAGAAAGCUGUCCAGGCUCAGUUGGGACAAGGGCGUGAACUCACUGUUGAAGAUGUGGCAAGGGUGAAAGUCCUAGUCCCACGAGCAGUGCGAUUCGAAUAUGUGGACGAAGCGAGCUUAGAGGUCAUGACGGUUGGAGACAGAGAAACACUUGAGUAUGGUUUGCAUAAGGGAGAUAGCCUGUCAACAUCGGCCGCUGAGUUGCAGGCACAUUCGAGCGAUCGCUCAGCAUACAGGAAGGAUGUCCUACUACUCGAAUUUGUUGAUGGAGACCUCAAGCGAGAGGUACAGAAUCCUAAAACUGGAGAGCCAUCUAGACCUGUGCGCCGCAUGAAGAAUGAAGACUUGAAAAUGCCGGUCUAUAGUCAAAAGCAGAUGUUGAAUUUGAUUGAGAAGCGCAACAACAAAUUCUCGGAUGCCAUAGACGCAUUCCUGAUCCGGUGUGAGGACCAAGCCAUCGACCCAGUGUUGAUUCUGGAACAGGAAAAGGACAUACUUUUGCCUACGCCCCCCGGAAGUGGGACGAGCACACCGGCUGUCGUGAAGGCACCGGCGACGAUUCCCAAGGAACGCAAAUCCAUUGCUGAAAUCAUUGCGGAGAUUCGGGAAAUGGAUUGGUAUCAUGCCCAGAUCGUACCUGACGGACAUCGGGUAUUCGAUGCUCAAGCUCCCAUUUAUGGCGAUUUGUCGUUCCAGCUAUCCCAGGAUCUCGUCAAUGCUCUUUACAACACAAGAGGCAUCACUAAACUUUAUUCACACCAAGCGGAAGCGAUUAAUCAUUUGUACGAUGGCCAUAAUGUGAUUGUUUCGACUUCGACUAGUUCCGGCAAGUCAUUAAUCUAUCAAGUCCCGAUGCUUCACGAGCUGGAGAAAGAUCAUGAAAGCAGAGGAAUGUACAUUUUCCCCACCAAAGCCCUGGCCCAAGACCAGAGGCGUAGCAUGACGGAAUUGCUACAGUACAUGGAUGGUUUGCAGCACACAAUGGUCGAAACCUUUGACGGGGACACGCCCAUGGGAAGCCGGAACCUCAUUCGAGAUGAGGCGCGAAUCAUAUUCACCAACCCAGACAUGCUUCACAUCACAAUUUUGCCACAGGAAAGUGCCUGGCGCACAUUUCUGAAGAACUUGAAAUUCGUGGUCGUUGAUGAGCUGCAUGUUUACAAUGGCCUAUUCGGCUCUCACGUUGCCUUUGUCAUGCGAAGACUCCGCAGGAUUUGUGCUGCAGUAGGCAACAGGCAUGUCAAGUUCAUAUCCUGCUCAGCCACAGUUGCAAACCCAGAGGAUCAUAUGAAGGCCAUCUUUGGAAUCUCUGAUGUAAAGCUCAUUGAUUUUGAUGGAUCCCCAUCAGGUCGCAAGGAAUUCAUCUGCUGGAACACACCCUUCAAAGACCCUGCAGACCCGACUUCUGGGCGUGCGGACAGUGUCUCGGAGACCGCACGUUUGUUUUGCCAAUUACUUCUACGAGGAGUAAGAGUGAUUGCUUUCUGCAGGAUCAGAACGCUAUGCGAGGUCCUCCUUCAGGCUGUACGAAAUGAGUUCAAUGCUUUAGAACGGCCAGAAGUUGGCAAAAUGGUAAUGGGAUACCGUGGUGGAUACAGUCCCCAAGAUCGGCGUCGGAUAGAGAAAGAGAUGUUUGAAGGGAAGCUAAUGGGAAUCGUCGCGACAAGUGCCUUGGAACUUGGUGUUGAUAUUGGAUCUCUGGAUGCUGUCAUCACUAUGGGAUUCCCCUACUCGAUCUCCAAUCUGCGCCAACAAAGCGGCCGAGCUGGACGCCGCAACAAAGACUCUUUGUCGGUCUUGAUUGGGGACAGGUACCCAACAGACCAGCACUACAUGAAGAACCCAGACGAGAUAUUCACCAAACCAAAUUGCGAGCUACAAAUCGACCUAGCCAACGAGCUCAUCCUAGAAGGCCACGUCCAAUGCGCAGCAUUCGAAGCACCGAUCUGCCCCGAUGAAGACCACAUCUACUUCACUGAGCAACUGUUCGCCCUCGCAGCAACCCGCCUCAUCAAAGAUAGCAUGGGCUUCUACCACUGCCACGACCGCUUCCGUCCCCAACCCUCCCGCUGUGUCUCAAUCCGCGACACGGAAGACCAACACUUCGCCGUGAUUGAUAUCACCAACGGCCGCAACGUCGUCCUCGAAGAAGUGGAAGCCUCGCGCGCCUUCUUCACCAUCUACGAAGGCGGCAUCUUCCUUCACCAAGGACAAAAAUAUCUCGUCCGAGAACUAAACACAUCCCAAUACAUGGCCCGCGUCAUCCGUGUCCACGUGGACUGGAACACAAUGCAACGCGACUACACCGAUAUCGACCCCCUAGAGACAGAAGCCAUGCGCCUAGUCGGCCCCGGCGAAGACGCAUGUCGUGCAUUCUUCGGCGCCAUCCAAAUCCACGCCGUUGUCUACGGAUUUUUCAAAAUCGACAAGCGCGGCCGUGUCCUCGAUGCUGUCGCCGUCGAUAACCCACCCAUCGACCUCCUGACAAAGGGCAUGUGGCUUGAUGUGCCCGGUCGCGCCAUUAAAAUACUGGAAUCCCACCAUCUUAAUAUCGCCGCUGCUAUCCAUGCUGCCGAGCACGCUGUCUUAUCUCUUUUGCCAUCGUUCGUGAUAUCAUCGCCGGGUGAUGUCCGCACAGAAUGUAAAGUGGCCAAGAAGGAACUCGGUCGCGGACUCCGUCGUGCUAAUGACGCGUCAAUGUCAAAGGAAGAGAUGGAGCGGACAGUACAGCCACCUAAAAGGCAACGACCUGCGAGGUUGACCUUUUACGAUGCGAAGGGUGGGGCAUGUGGUUCUGGGAUCGCGAGUAAGGCGUUCGAGUUUAUCGGGUUGCUUUUGCGCCGUGCUGUGGCGCGAAUUGAGGCCUGCGUGUGUCUUUCGCCGCAGGGGUGUGUGGAGUGUGUUUGCGAUGAGCGGUGCAAGGAGAUGAACCAGGUUAUGAGUAAGGCUGGCGCCGGGGUGAUUCUUAGAUGUUUACUUGGGUGGGAAGUCGAUGUGGAUGCACUGCCUUGGGGUGAGGAUGUGAAUGGGGAAGUAUUUGGGGCCGGAGAGUUGGCCGGUGGGUUUGAGACUGUUGUUAGGGCUGGGGGGAGUACCGUGGAAGCCGGGGUGUAA